AUGGCAUCUUCAGCGGCACAGGAAGCUCUGAGAUCACCUGGCUCACUCCUCGAACGGCAGACUAGCAGCGAUCGGACUCAUCACUGCUCGCUUUGCUCCAAGUCGUUCAAAAGACGAGAGCACUAUCAGCGACAUGUGCGAAGCCAUACCAACGAGAAGCCGUUUGCGUGUCGGUACUGUGCAAAAUACUACAGUCGAAAAGAUCUAGUCGCAAGGCAUGAGAAGACCUUGCAUGCGGAUCGACGCAGGUCAUCGUCAGCGUCAGCCAUGAUAGCGACGCCUUCAGAAGCCGUUGAUGGCUUCUGGCCGGGAGUUGCAGCGGCGGACGAUCUGGACUUCCAGGCUCUAGGUAUUGAGAUAGACCCCUCGCUAUGGGACAAAUCAGAAUUGGCACCGGGAGCUUCUCUGUCGCCAUUCCAACUUGACCACGAUGAAGGCAACACUGUCGACCGACGGGAACAGCAUGUGGAAAUGCUGCUUGAUCCGGCACUUACUUCUGUUGGACCAGUAGGUGAUGCUCAGGCGCAAGGCGAAGUUAUUCCCGCCGCGGUAGCAAUGUCGCCGAGUGUAGCCCCUGAGCCACCUUCGCCUUGCCCCGAAGUCAACAUCUCAAACCACGCGCUGUCUUCUGCACUGGACCAAAUUACUCUCUCAAGCACCUCGGGAUAUCCACCUCCUACUUUGGACGAGCUACGUCUUUGCAUCAGCACCUAUUUUCAGACCUUCAAUGUACAUCUUCCGCUUUUCCACACACGUACCUUUGAUUGCGCAAGCCAGCCUCCGGAACUGCUGCUGUUGAUAGGGGAUUUGGUCCAGCCCAAUACAGGCCCUGACAGCGGUGUCGAUCUGGCUGCUGCACGUACUCAAUUCCUUCUUUCAUUCUUCGCUGUGUUCAGUGGCAACCAAGAAGUCGUGGAAAGUGCAUUUGGUAGGCUUGGCAAGCUCUCGAAUGCGUAUCAACUGCUACUGCGAAAGUUGAGAAGCAAGAACGCAAACAGUAUUGUCACUACGCUAUCAUGGCUCCAGUGGGUGGAGCAUGAAUCCAUGAAACGCAAUCUGAUUGCCACAACUUAUGGCGUGACUCCCGCCCUCUCCGUUCCAUACCAUGGCGAUGUAGAAUUGCCCUGCUCGGAGAAUCUCUGGCAGGCCGAGAGCGCUGAUGAGUGGCACCAUCUCCGCCCAGCUGAGCAUACACUGCCCUCGCUUCGGGACUCCGUGAACAUCCUGACUCUCAAAGCAACGGCCAAAGAGCUUCCGCCUGGCGCGUACACUUGGUCUCACUUCGCCGUGGUUGUCGUAAUGCACACGAUGGCGAUCCAUAUGUGGCACGGUGGCUACGCCGACCAAGAAAAUACUUCGCUGUAUGGGACCACCCUUGCAAGAUGUCGAGACUUGAUCAAAGCAACCGGUGAAGCUCAAUGUGGCGACUGGCUACAGGCGAAACCAAGCUUUCUUUUCAACGCAUCCUGUAUACUGCGAAUAUGCCAUGGAAGAUCGCAUCCACAGCUACUUCAGCCGGACAAAACAGCUCUGCUUCGCGGUCAGCCCGAAGAUGCGUCCAUCGCUAUUCAAGAAUACGCUACAGCGCCGAUGACACGAAGUAAAACCAUGACAGAGACCAUCGCUGGAGUGUUUGAUGGGCUUUGUGCGUCAGACAGAAGAUCUCUGCUGCUAUUGCGGAAGACCGUGGCGUUGACAUGGAGCUUUGAGCAUGCAAUUGCUUCUUGGGACACGGUCCUUCUUGUUUCAAGAUGGCUACAUCAUAUGGACCUUCUCGCUCCCCAAGACAUGGACGACGAAGAGGUUCAACUGCUUGACCACAUUAUCACCGUACUGAGAACAGCUGUUUGCGAUUUUGGCGAUAGUACCUGUAGGUCGAAGGCUGCAUCCAUGCUACGCCUCUGGGUCACUUUCUACGAAGACACUUGGGUCUGGGGCGUCGUGGCACGCAUGGGUGCUAUCUACCGCAGUCUCGCGAAUGUUUAUGAGAGAGCGAGCCCCGGAUGA